AUGACGUCGGCGGAACCGGACCUGGCGUUCCUGAGCGGGCCGGCCCCGGAGUCGGUCGCAACCCGGGUAAUCGACUUCAACGAGACCGACGUGGACAUAUGUGGCGAUUACUUCGCGAUGGUCAUCGAAGACCUGUUCACACCUGAAGAAUGCUCUAAAUUGCUUGCCCUAGUCCGGAAGCCCGACAACGCGCCGUGGCCACCCGCAGUCGUAACGGCAUUCGACGGCUCCCAGCACGUCGACGUCUCUUCACGUCAUUGCGGUCGCAUUAUCUACUACUCCACCAGGCUCGCCGAAAAGCUGCUUCAGCGCGUUGUGCCGCAUCUGCCACCCGAGAUAGUCACGCUGGAAAACCAUCCCGACGUCACGGGCCAGUACCCGGUGCUCCGCGGCGAGACGUGGACCAUAUCCCGCUUCACGGAGGACAUCAAGUUCCUGAAGUACGAGCCGGGCAACUACUUCCGCGCCCAUGCCGACGGACGCUGCGUUGACGUCGACACGUUUGAAAAGAGCUACUUGACCGUACAUAUCUACCUCGGCGGCGGAGAUGAGGACGAUGGGGUCGAAGGGGGCGCCACGCGGUUCGCCGUCGACUUUCAGGAUCCGAAGGCUGGCAAGGUGGAUGUGAACCCGAAGACGGGGAGUGCGGUGGUGUUUCAGCAGCGCGACUUGUAUCAUUCAGGGGAGGAGGUGACGAAGGGGACCAAGUACACCUUGAGGACCGAUGUGAUGUACAAGAAGAUUGAGGAGACGCUGAGAAUCAAUGUCUUGUGGACAGAAUGGUAUCCCUCAAUCUCGUCCAUAUCAGUCUCGCUGCACGCUGCGUCUGCUACGACACUCGCUGCGUACAGAGCUUACUGUCAUGGCGAGAUCCAUAAGUCCAUCAAGACGAUCAAGGAUCGCACUAUUGACGGACAGAUCGACGCCGAGACCACUCAGAUCUUCGUCAACGCCCUUGUCGAGUACGCGAAGGCGACUGACCGCGGCACGCCCGAGCAGCUGUCCAUGAUCAGAUUGGUCUUUUUCAGCCCUGGCGCCUCCGCUGGUGUCGUGCAGACCUUCACCGAUGCUUCUACUGUGACGGAGAUCACUAGAGUCGCCUUCGCUUGCCCGGUGAACACACACUUUUCAUGA